CUCAAAAUUGCCGCGAUAUAUCUAGAGAUUCUACCAGCAGAGAGCUCCUCACCAUCCAUCUUAAUGUUCCCAUAGUUACUGUACGAAAAAAAUGUUGCGAAAUAAUGUACUUGCAGCCGCCCUAGGUGUGCUCGCACAUCAAGUUGUUUUCAUACACGGAGAAUGGCAUUUGAGAGCGCCGGCCGUCGUCAUUGUCCAUUUUCUUAUUGGUAUAUUCAUAUAUACAACCGAGAUAUCGAAAGACGAACAGAAUGGGCUCUUGUCUGCCACUGUUCUCGUCUGUCUAUAUCUUGCCUCUCUCCUCUCAAGUAUCUCGAUUUAUCGUCUAUUUUUCCAUCCUUUAAGGCACUUUCCAGGUCCACGACUAGUAGCAUUGACCAAACUAUGGCACGUCUGGAAGUGCCGUGAUUCCCGCGGCCAUCAUGUCUUGGAUGAAUGGCAUAAGAGCUACGGAACCUUCGUGCGUACAGGUCCUGCAGAAAUCACAAUUUUCCAUCCAGUAGCCUACCAGGCGAUGGAUGGACCCGGAAACCAGAACACUCGGUCCGACUGGUAUGAUCUUCUCUAUCCACGGAUUUCAUCUAUCUUUACUCGGGACCGAAAACUGCACAGCUCGCGCCGCAAGUUGUGGGAGCGGGCAUUAAGCAGGAAAGCUCUCAUGGAAUACUAUGAAAGAGUUCGGGAAAAGGUUCAUACUCUAGAAAGUCUAGUUAUGUCCCAGAACUCCCGACCAGUGGAUAUCAACAAGCUGAUGUACUGGUUUGCCUUCGAUUCCAUGGGAGAUUUUGCCUUUAGUGAAGAUUUCGGUAUGAUGAAGAACAAGGCUUGGCACCAGAACAUUGUCAUGCUGCGUUCUGCUCUCGCAUUAUUGGGGCCCUUGAGCCCGGCAAUUUGGAUUCCACGGCUGGGGUUCGCAUUCAUUCCUGGUCUUUGGAGAGUACGAGACUGGUUCCAAAUGUUGGCCUUCUGUGACAAGUGUAUGGAACGACGGAUGAAACGGAAGGUUGAGAGCAAAGAUAUCGCGUCGUGGUUUAUCGAGGAUCAUUUAACCCGCGAACAUGAUAGUAAUCGACAUCGCUGGCUUAGUGGUGAUACUGCCACUCUCGUCGUGGCUGGAAGUGACACAACUGCCCCCAGUCUCUCUAUAUUGUUUUAUUUCCUGGCACGCUAUCCAGAGCAUGUUGAGAAGAUCAACUUGGAGAUCAUGUCCGUCGACCACGAAGAUCCAAAUGCCUUGGCGGCCUUGCCGCAUCUCAACGGCACUAUCAACGAGGCAAUGCGCCUUCUGCCAGCGGUGCUUACAUUCAGUUCUCGAGUAACGCCCCCUGAAGGUAUCACCGUUGAAAACACCUUUAUUCCUGGGAAUACUAAAAUCUGCGCCCCACGCUAUACGAUUGGAAGACUUGAGUGUGCUUAUGAGCAACCGAAUGAUUUUAUUCCUGAGCGAUGGUAUAGUCGGCCAGAACUGAUCAAGGACAGACGUGCAUUUGCUCCCUUUGGAGUCGGUCACACGAGCUGUGUCGGAAAACACCUCGCCAUCGCACAGAUCCGGCUUGUUGCUGCCAACCUGAUCGCUCGGUAUCGUAUCGAGUUUGCUCCCGGUGAAGGUAGUGGAGAAGCAGUCGAAAGAGAUAUGAAGGAUCAGCUUACCGCUCGGCCUGGACGAUUCCAUCUCAUUUUUGUGCCACGAAGGAUGGAUACUUUGCCUGUUGGAAAUGAAGAAAGUAAAGGUCUUGUUCAAUAGCUAUUUCCGGGAAUAGGAAUUUUGAUAAAAUAUGAU